GGAAGAGAGAGGCGGAGAGCAAAGGGGAAGGUCGCUCCCGCCCUGCCGGCCGCAGCCGGGGCUCCCCGAGGAGGCGGCCGCAGCGGCGGGUCCGCCCGCGGGGCCGCUCCGCUUCCUUCGCCCUGCGCUGGGCGCCCCGGCCGCGGAGGCACUCGGGGGCCUGCUGAGGUGACCGGCGAGCGGCAGCGGGGCACGGCCGCCCUCCUGGCCCGCCUCCCCGGGACAAGCGGCCAGGACCGGGGACGAGUUCCUGGGGAGGCUCCCGCGGGGCUGCCGGCGGCCCCCAGCCCGCGCCGUGCGGCUCCUGCGCCACCGUCUCCGGCGGGACCCCUGCGCCCUCCUGCCCGCGGCCGGCGGCUCCCAUGGCUCUGAGCAAAGGGCUGCGGCUGCUCUGGAAGCAGGAGCCGGGGCCGAGCGCCCUGCUGGAGGCGCGCAGCCGCCAGGACUGCCUGUUGCUGGAGGCCGGCACCGUGGCGGCGCUCACUCCAGAAGAAAAGGAUGCAAUUAAAGGACAGUAUGAAAAGCUCGUGGAUGCUUUUGGCUGCUUAGGAGAGCUUCAGCUUAAAUGUGGUAACGCUCGGCUGCACUUUCUGGUCCUGGUGACAGGCUGUACGUCGGUGGGCAAAAUCCUGGAUGCUGAAGUUUACAAAAUUACUGCAACAGAUUUCUGUCCUCUCCAGGAAGAAACCAAGGAAGACGAGCGCGUUACUGCCUUGAAGAAAAUACUGAACUCUGGGAUGUUCUAUUUCUCCUGGCCUAAUGCAGGCUCAAACUUUGACCUGACUGUGCGGGCUCAGAAGCAGGGUGAUAACAACUAUGAAUCUGGUAACUCGUUCUUCUGGAACCAGCUAUUGCACGUGCCCUUCAAGCACUACCAGGUGAACUGCUCCGACUGGCUGCUGAAGGUGGUCUGUGGGGUCGUGGACAUCCGCACUGUUUAUGCUUCCCACAAGAAGGCCAAAGCCUGCCUCAUCUCCCGCAUCAGCUGCGAGCGGGCCGGUGUCCGCUUCCACGUCCGAGGGGUCAAUGAUGAUGGACACGUGUCCAACUUUGUUGAGACAGAACAGACAAUUUACUUGGAUGAUGAUGUCUCUUCCUUUGUGCAGAUCAGAGGCUCUGUUCCACUGUUUUGGGAGCAAACGAGACUUCAGGUUGGUUCCCGCCAUUUAAGGCUCAACAGAGGUCUGGAAGCCAAUGCACCUGCCUUUGACAGGCAUAUGAUGCUUCUGAAAGAGCAGUAUGGAAAACAAGUGAUCGUUAACCUAUUGGGAAGCAGAGGAGGAGAGGAGGUGCUCAACAGAGCUUUUAAGAAACUGCUAUGGGCAUCUUCCCAUGCGGAAGACAGUCCCAUGAUAAACUUUGACUACAACCAAUUUGCAAAAGGUGGGAAAACUGAGAAACUGGAAAAUUUGCUAAGGCCUCAGCUGAAGUUGCACUGGGAAGACUUUGGAAUCUUCACAAAGGGCGAGCAUGUAAGUCCACGUCUGCAGACAGGUACUUUUCGAAUGAAUUGUUUGGACUGCGUGGAUCGUUCUAAUAGUGUACAGUCCUUCGUUGCGCAGGAGAUACUGUUUGCUCAAUUAGAGAGCCUUGAUUUGAACUCUAAACCUAUAAUUGAGCGCUUUGUGGAAUCCUACAAGGAGAUGUGGACUCUCAAUGGUCAAAAUCUGAGCAGAGUAUUUAGUGGCAGUCGUGCCCUUGAGGGAAAGAACAAGGUUGGGAAGCUCAAGGAUGGUGCCCGCUCUGUGUCUCGUAGCAUCCAGUCAAAUUUCUUAGAUACAGUGAAGCAGGAAGCCAUUGAGCUGCUGCUCAUGGGUGACUUCUACCGUGAGGAAUAUGCAGACAAGGGCAAGAUGCUCAUGGACCAGACUGCACUGCUGGUAACUCCAAGUAUUUUGAAGGCCAUGUCAGAGCGUCAGUUUGAAUUCACAAGCUCCAAGCGUGUUCGUGUUGCCACGGGGACCUGGAAUGUGAAUGGGGGAAAGCAGUUUCGAAGCAAUAUCCUUGGCACCAGUGAGCUGACAGACUGGCUGCUGGACUCUCCCAAGCUCUCAGGAGUUUCAGAAUUUCAGGAUGAUGAUAACUGCCCUCCUGACAUAUUUGCAGUGGGAUUUGAAGAGAUGGUUGAAUUAAGUGCAGGGAACAUUGUGAAUGCCAGUACAACGAAUAGAAAAAUGUGGGGAGAGCAGCUUCAGAAAGCUAUUUCCAGGACUCAUCGCUACAUUCAGCUGACAUCAGCACAGCUUGUUGGUGUUUGUCUUUUCAUCUUUGUACGACCAUAUCAUGUCCCCUUCAUCAGGGAUGUAGCAAUAGACACCGUGAAGACAGGAAUGGGAGGAAAAGCUGGUAAUAAAGGGGCAGUGAGCAUUCGUUUUCAGUUCUAUAGUACCAGUUUCUGCUUUAUAUGCAGUCACUUGACUGCUGGGCAGACUCAGGUGAAAGAGAGGAAUGAAGAUUAUAAAGAAAUCACACAGAAACUCAGCUUCCCAAUGGGGCAGAACAUGUUCUCCCAUGACUAUGUCUUCUGGUGUGGUGAUUUUAACUAUCGCAUUGAUCUAACGUAUGAAGAAGUCUUUUAUUUUCUCAAACGUCAAGACUGGAAGACACUUUUGGAAUUUGAUCAACUACAGCAGCAAAAAUCCAGUGGAAAAAUUUUUAAAGACUUCCAUGAAGGGACUAUUAAUUUUGGACCAACAUAUAAAUACGACGUUGGCUCGGAGGCUUAUGAUACAAGUGAUAAGUGCAGAACCCCAGCAUGGACUGACAGAGUGCUUUGGUGGAGGAAGAAACUGCCCUUUGAAAAAACAGCUGGAGAGAUUAAUCUUCUGGACAGUGAUCUGAGUGCUGAUACUAAAGUCAGGCAUACCUGGACCCCUGGAGCCUUGAUGUACUAUGGGAGAGCAGAGCUGCAAGCAUCCGACCACAGGCCAGUGUUAGCUAUUGUAGAAGUGGAAGUUCAGGAAGUUAAUGAAGCUGCCCGUGACAGUGUUUUCCGAGAAGUGUCAUCUUUCCAGGGACCACUGGAUGCCACAGUAGUGGUGAAUCUGCUGUCACCAACACCUGAAGAGAAAAAUGAAUUUCCUGAAGACUUGCGUACAGAGCUUAUGCAGAUGUUUGAGGAUUAUGGCACUGUUGUUCUGGUCAGGAUCUGUGGAGGUCAAAUGCUGGUGACAUUUGCAGACAGCAAGUCAGCUCUUCGUGUUAUGGAUAUAGAUGGUGCUAAAGUUAGAGGCAGAACAGUGAAGAUCCAGCCCAAGACUAAGGACUGGCUAAAGGGCCUUCAGGAGGAAAUUGCUCGAAAACGGGACAGCGUUGUCCCCAUGUCCCCCACGGCAAACUCCCACCUUCUGGAAGAAAAUUUUGACUUCUCAAGUUUGGACUAUGAGUCAGAAGGUGAUAUAGAGGAUGAAGAUGAUUAUUUAGAGGACGCUCUGUGUCAACACCUAGCAGCAGACACAGCAGAAGAUACACACUGUACAUCCACAGCUCUUUCAAACAAAUCUGCACAAACCCCCCGCCUGUAUAAAGAUGAUGCAGACCUCGCUGAUUUGAAGCGGGAGCUGGAGGCCAGCGGGGAACGCAGCCGCCGCAUUCCCAGCAGGUCUCUGUCCAUCCCUACCCGGCCUCAGCCACUGCAGCCACCACAGAGGCCUCCCCCUCCCGCUGGAACAUCAGGCAAAAAGUCCCCCUCAGAUGGUUCCCUCUCUCCAGGAAGCCAUUCCACCUGCUCCAUCCUGGCAACAGCAAAGCUGCUUCCUGGAGCUCCUCAGCAGCCACCCAAAGUCCGGACUGGAAUAAGCAAACCUUACAACGUCAAGCAGAUCAAAACCACCACAGCUGAGGAAGCAGAAGAAGCUAUUAGAUGUCUUAUGGAGGCCAAAGGAGGAGUACAGGAAGAUGCAGUAAAGCCUGUUCCAGCCAGAAACCAAACUUCCUGCAAACCUGAGGCUCUUCCCAGCAUCACAAAGUCAGCUUCAGGAGCGGUGCCUGUGCCUCAUCGCCCACCACCCAAAGUUCCAACUCCAAAGAAGCCAGUGCCCCUGCAAAGGACAGGAGCCAAGGGGGAAAAUGCCAUGUCUCCAGAAGACCCAUUCGACCAACAGACAGCACAGUCUCCUUUUGGCUUGCUAGAGCCCCAUCUAGAUGCUGGAGCUAUUCUUAGACCAACCAAGAUCACUCCAAUCCCCAAACCCAGAACACUAGCUGGGAAGCCUCCAGAGAGCAGGGGGAGCAGUGAAGGGCAGCCCCUGUCAGCAAGCACAGCUGAGGCCAUGGUGCUGCCUCCCCAGAGCGCUCCCUUUGCCCCAAAGGUGCCACCACGAAGGAAGAAGUCGGCUCCUGCAGCUUUUCAUCUCCAAGUUCUCCAGGGCAGUGACAGCCCCCUUUUCAGUGGCUCACUGUACAACUCCAACAACAACAACCCCGGCUCCUGCCCCCAGACUCAUGGCCCUGCUCGCUCAGCUCCCGCAGCCUCGGCCGGCCCUGCAAACAGCACAACUCAGCCCUUGGCCCCCAGUGCUGCAGAACUGAUGGGGAAGCUCCAGGGCCCUUCUGCACCAGCAGGCCAGCAUCCACAACAACUGGAUACCGGCUCCUUUCCAGAGAACACCAAUCUUCUGGACCUGGACAUUCAUUCUUCCUUCCCUCUUUCCACACAGGCACCGUCAGCUGCUUCUCCAGCACACGCUUCAGAAAGUUUAAAUCAGCCCAAUGUGAAAGAUUUCAGUCACUGGGUUACAUUUAGUGAUGAUGAAGACAGCAGUGCAGUGGCAGACGGGUUCAACAAACUGCUUGUCUUACAACAAAACAAAAAUACCUUAAAGAAAACAAAUACUGACUUAGAGUUGUAAAAUUUUACUCCCUUAGGGUUCCAAAAGAAAUCAUAAUUAUGAUGCAAAAUUUUAAGAAAAAAUCUUUUUUAUAUUUAAUGAAAUAGAUCAUCUGUCCAUGCUACAUUUCAUUUUCACAUUUAAAGACACGGCCCCUGGAGGGAAGUAUAUGAAGUACAUACAACCUAACAUUACCUACAGUUCAUCUGAAAACUUCCUUAUUCUAAGUUAUUUCUUUUUAUUAAUCCAUCCUAAGGUGUUUUAUUUCAUUUCAAGUACAAAUCAUAUGCAAGAACAUGUAAUGAUGUAUGGAAAAAAGACAUUUAAAAAAACCCCAACAUUUUCCUUUGGAAUAUAUAUUUUAAU